AAGUCGAUGAAGAGUAUCUUCUUUUUUUUCAGAUCCAAUGAGUUGGAUGCUCGCUCAGUUGCAUCGCUGAGAAGUGGUUCAAGCAGUUCUGGUGGACAGGAAAGUGCUAAUGAUGAUGAAGACUUGGAUUUAUGGGCCGUAUGGGGAGAUUUGAUCAAAAAUUGGGAGAUCGAAAGUCGUCGUAGACCAAAUUAUAUUAAAGAUUUAUCCCGUCGUGGAAUUCCACAACAUUUUCGCACAAUUGCAUGGCAGUUACUUAGUGGUGCCAAUGUAUCAUCUAUUCACGAUAUAUAUUCUGAAUACAUUAGGCAAAGUUCUCCACAUGAAAAGGUCAUAAUGCGUGAUAUUCCUCGAACUUAUCCAGAGCUUGAAUUUUUCAAAGACGGUGGCCGAGGACAGCAAUCUUUGUUUAAUGUGAUUAAAGCUUAUAGUAUACAUGACAAAGAAGUUGGCUACUGUCAGGGUAGCGCAUUUAUUGUUGGCCAACUGCUGUUACAGAUGCCAGAAGAAGAAGCAUUUGCGGUUUUUGUACGUUUAAUGGAGCUAUACAGAUUACGAGAGCUGUAUAAACCGGCGAUGACUGAACUCGGUCUUUGUAUGUUUCAGUUGGAGUGCCUUGUACAGGAACAAAUGCCUGAUCUGCAUAUGCAUUUUAAUAAUAUGGGUUUUGAUACGAGUAUGUAUGCCAGUGGAUGGUUUUUAACACUUUUUACCACAACAUUGCCGUUGGAUCUGACAAAUCGCAUAAUGGAUGUAUUUCUUGUUGAGGGGAUGGAAUGUAUCUUCAGGAUAGCUGUUGCAAUUUUACAACAAGCACGGAUAGAUUUGUUAAAAUUGGACAUGGAAGGAAUGUUAAAAUAUUUUCAACGUGAAAUACGUGAACGUUUUGAAAACGAUCAUGAACUAUUGUUCGCCGUUGCAUCACAGGUCACCCUAAAUGGCAAAAAAAUGAAGCGAUUAGAAAAAGAUUAUCUGGCAAAACGUACAAAAGAACAGGAAGAAGCCAUUGAACUUCGGGUGAGCAUUUUUUUUUUUUUGAAAGCAAACAAGAAAAUAAAUUAUUUUCUUAUUUGUACUCAAAAAAAAUUUUUUUUUGAUAAUGUACCUCAUCGGUUCUCAUCUGUUUGGAAAUGA